GGGAGGAAAAUUGUCUAACCGAGGCGGAAGGAAAGGAGGUGGAGGCCGCGGAGAAGCGGGGAGCCCCUCCCCUCCGCCAUAGCGGCCUCGGGUGCCGCCUCUUCCUUUUCGGUCUCCCGCCCUCCCCUGCCUUCCGGCCCUGCGGCCGGGCCUGGCCCUGUCGGCCCCCUCGAAAACACCCCCUGGGCCCUUUGGGGAGAAGAGAUGCCCGAUCCCAGCUUGGGACUGUGUGUGAAAGAAGCCGGCUAGAACGGGCUUUAGACGCGGCUGGGCUGGCAGAAGGUGGUCCCUGGCUCGCGACGACCAGCAAGGCUUCUCUGGCCUUGAGGACCCUUGGCUACAAGUCUCCUGUGGUCGCUGGGGCUAGAGCUUGACUCUGGAGAGAGGAAGGAAGAAUGGCAGCCUGGUGAAGAGGCAGAGAAGCCUGAGGGAGCUCAGUCCUGGCAGCAACACCCCUGAAUUCCUGUGGUGAGAGGAUGUGGCCCCUGGACCCAUCCCGGAAAGAGGUGCUGAGGUUUGCUGUCAGCUGCCGGGUCCUGACGCUGGUGCUGCAGGCUCUCUUCAAUGCCAUCAUCCCAGAUCAUCAUGCAGAAGCCUUCUCUCCUCCUCGCCUUGCCCCUUCAGGCUCUGUGGACCAACUUGUGGAAGGUCUCCUGGGUGGCCUGUCUCAUUGGGAUGCUGAACACUUUCUAUUCAUUGCUGAGCAUGGCUACCUGUAUGAGCACAACUUUGCCUUCUUCCCUGGUUUCCCCCUGGCCCUUUUGGUGGGGACUGAAUUGCUGAGACCCCUGCGGGGGUUACUGAGCCUACGGAGUUGCCUGUUAAUCUCAGUAGCAUUGUUCAAUUCCUUGUUCUCUAUCCUGGCUGCAGUCGCACUUCACGACCUGGGCUGUCUGGUUUUGCACUGUCCCCGCCAGGCCUUUUAUGGAGCACUACUUUUCUGCCUCAGCCCUGCCAAUGUCUUCCUGGCCGCUGGUUACUCAGAAGCUUUGUUUGCCCUCCUGACAUUCACCGCCAUGGGGCAGCUGGAAAGGGGCCGAAGCUGGACUAGUGGACUCCUCUUUGCCCUUGCCACUGGUGUACGCUCCAAUGGGCUGGUCAACGUUGGCUUUCUCGUGCAUUCUCAGUGCCAAGGCUUUUUCUCUUCUUUCAUGGUGCUGAAUCCUCUCAGACAGUUCUUGAAGCUGGUGGGCUCUGUGUCCCUGUCCAUGCUUACACUUGGCCUUCCCUUUGCCCUCUUUCAGUAUUAUGCCUACACCCAGUUCUGUCUGCCAGGCUCAGCCCACUCCAUCCCUAAGCCCUUGCUGCAGUUAGCUAUGGACAAGGGCUACCGGAUUGCAGAGGGAAACAAGCCACCUUGGUGCUCCUGGGGACUUCCCCUAAUAUACAGCUAUAUCCAGGAUAUCUACUGGAAUGUUGGCUUUUUGAGAUACUAUGAGCUUAAACAGGUGCCCAAUUUUCUGCUGGCUGUACCAGUGGCUAUACUGGUUGCCUGGGCAACUUGGACAUAUGUGACCACCCACCCUUGGCUCUGCCUCACACUUGGGAUGCGAAGGAACAAGAACAUUGAGACCCUAGAGAAGCCUGACCCCGGAUUCCUCAGUCCUCGGGUAUUUGUGUACCUGGUUCACGCUGUGGCACUGCUGCUGUUUGGUAGUUUGUGCAUGCACGUUCAGGUUCUCACCAGGUUUUUGGGCUCCUCCACUCCUAUUGUAUACUGGUUUCCAGCUCACUUGCUUCAGGAUCAAGAGCCACUGCUGAGAUCCCUAGAGACUGUGCCUUGGAAGCCUUUUGCAGGAGACUCCCCAUCAGGACAAAAGGUCCCCAGAAAUUCUAUCAUGGGACUGUUGUACAACUGGAAAAUGUGUUCUCUAGUCACACGAUGCAUUCUAGGCUACUUCCUGACUUACUGGCUCCUGGGACUACUCCUACAUUGCAACUUCCUGCCUUGGACAUGACCUGGAACCUCAGGGGACAGACUUGAAGCCAACUUAAUCAGGGAUCUGAAAGUACAAAUACAUAAAUGCACUGCCUGCGCUGCCUCGGGAUCCUUACUCUGUCCAUUGGAACCUCUCUGUUUGAAGGUUGGUUAGGAAUGGGAGGAGUAUGAGCCACUAGAGAGCCCCUAAUGGUCCUGGCUAUGGAAAAUUUUAGAGUAGUAACUAUUUUUGCAGUAAGUGAAAAAAAUCUUAUUCCAAGUCUAAAGCAUACCUAGAUCUGUCUUUUCAACCAAGCACAGCAGAGAUAAGUCUUAAACUUACACUGACCCACAUGUAAAUUUAAAUGUAAAUGAUUUAAAUAUAAAUUUCAUCAGCCCUGGCUGGGUAGC